AUCAAUUAAAAUGCCAGCAACUUCAUUCCAACUCAACAACGGUAAAACAAUUCCAUCAGUCGGUCUUGGUACAUGGCAAUCAGCUCCUGGUGAAGUCGCCAACGCUGUCAAGUAUGCCAUCAAAGAUGCAGGCUACCGUCACAUUGAUGGUGCUUUCUGCUACGCUAACGAGAAGGAAGUCGGUGAAGGUGUUAAAGCCUCCGGUGUUCCACGUAGCGAAGUCUUCCUCACCAGCAAGCUCUGGUGCACCUACCACACUAAGGUCGAAGCUGGUCUUGACGAAACAUUAGCAGAAUUAGGUACUGACUACCUUGACCUCUUCCUUAUCCAUUGGCCAGUUGCUAUGAACCCUAACGGUACAGAUAAGCGUUUCCCAGUAAGAUCUGAUGGCUCAAGAGAUGUCAUCUUUGAUCGUCCAAUUGAGGACACCUGGAGGGACAUGGAGAAGCUCGUUGACUCAGGAAAGGCCAAGAGUAUUGGUGUUAGCAACUUCAACAAGGAAAACCUUGCCAGAAUCUUGAAGAUUUGCCGUAUCAAGCCGGUAGUCAAUCAAGUUGAGAGCCACGCUUACUUGUCUCAGAGAGACAUUAAGAAGUUCGCCGAAGAGAAUGGUGUCCUCCUUCAAGCUUACUCACCACUUGGUUCAACUGAUUCACCUAUCCUCAAGGAUGAAGAACUCCUUGCCAUCGCCAACAAGCACAACGUCAGCGUUGGUACUGUCUUGAUCUCAUACCAAAACAACCGUGGAGUCAUUGUCCUUCCAAAAUCUGUUACUCCUGCAAGAAUUGCAGCAAAUGCUCAGCUCAUCGAUCUUACCCCAGAAGAAAUCAACACCAUCGAAACUAUGGAAGACAGAGGAAAGAAGCUCAGAGUUGUCUCUCCAGACUGGGGCGUCCCAAUCUUCUAGACACUUUCCAUUGUAAUGAUCUUUAGAGUUUCCAUAAUGUUUAAGUAGAUGCAUAAAAUUUUAAAUUGAAUUUCCUAUGACAAGCACAAGAUGAAUCAAAUGAGCUUGUUUCUCAAGCUUUCUUACAUAUAUAAGUUACUGUACAAAUAAACAUUUAAUGCUUGUCCCUAUUAUCCAGGAGGUCAUGUCUUGUGUACGGCACAUCCAUAACUGGUGAUUGCAUGCGCUUGAGGUCUUUAGCGACCUUCUCUGCUUUUCUGAGAAUUCUAAUAAAGUUUCCUCUUGCAAGACCAGCUAAUUCAUUUUUUGUCCAACCGCGUUUGUAGAGUUCGACAAACAAACUAGGAUACUUGGAAAUAUCGUCCAGCCCUUCAGGUGUUGUAGGAACACCAUCAAAGUCGGAACCAAUACCAACAUGGGAUUUUCCAGCUACCUCCGCGAUAUGAUCAAUGUGGUUAGCGACGUCAGCAAUAGUAGGUUCAUCUCCCAUGAAAUCGGCUGCUGCAAUGACGACUUGGAGAACGCCAUCAUUUGGACUGUCCCGAAGUCUGUGCAAGAGGUCGUCAGGGACAUUUCUUGGAUGGUUGAAGACCUCUCUCGCGCCAGAGUGACUCCAGAAAAGCGGACCAGCGUUGGCAUCAAUGGCUUGAUGAGCAGUCUCAUCGGAAGUAUGCGAGAUGUCGACCAAAACGCCAUUCCUGUUGAGCUCUUGAACGAGCGCUUUACCGAUGUCGCUCAAUCCGUGGUUCGUUCUCUGACCUUCAACAGCAGCAUCUGCAAAAACGUUAUCACAAUUGUGAGCAAGUGUGAUAUACUUGACUCCCAUACGUGCAUACACUCUUAGUGCACCUAAACUGUCACCAAGAUGAUGUCCUCCUUCAAGUGAUAGCAUGACUCCUAAUUUCUUCGGUGAUAACUUUUCGAGCUCAUGGGCUGAUCUUACGAUCUUGAUGUAGUCUGGGUAUAACUCUUCAAGAAGAUAGACAGCAUCUAGUUGUUCCAAUGUGUCACGUACACUUGUAUCAGCUUCACCAGGUUUUGGACACUCAACGAAGGAUGAAAAAGAGGCUGUUCCGAGGUGGCCCUCACGCGUUCUCUGGAAAUCAAUAUGGAAUGGGAACGGUGAUGGCUUUGGCGUCGUCAAAUUGAACGCGUUGAAAUCUAAACCGAAUUCUUCCCGCAAUGCAAUUGGGAGAUCAAGAUGCGUGUCAAGAACGGGUGAUUUUCUAAGUACCUCCAAAACUACCGCCUCUGGACUCUGAUCUUUCCCUGUAAUUAUGAUGUCACCAAAUUUGACGUGACUUAAAGGUAAUAAGCAAUAGAGCAAACCAGCGAGGAGGAAUAAAAUGACAUAUUUCACCUUUGAGGGAUUCUGCGCUUCAUUUUUCAAAGUUGGUAGUUGGGACUCUGACUUCAUAGUACGAGUUUAAGAGAAAAAGCUAGACGUGCAUGAGGUAUAUGUAGAGAAUAUGUCAAGCUAAAAUCUAAUUUAUCAAUUACCUCUCGUUGUUACUAUCUCAGUUGGUCAAUUGUGAAGCAAUCUAAGCUGUCAACAAGUCUAUACAUUCAUCCAGGUCAACUCACUGAAAAGACUUAUUUACAUUAAAUUUAUCAUGUAAGCAUUAAGAACAUCGUGCCGGUAUGACGACAAUCAGUGAUAGAUCGAGAAGGUGUUACAAGUGAUCGAUUCUUUUGUCAAACAAUCCAGACGUAAUUUGGAUCUUUUUAUUAAGAGUUCCGUACAGUUAUUUAUAGCUGGAAGUCUUACAGGUCAAUGCGCGAAGGUACCGUCUGGUUUAUCACGUGCGGGAACCGCUUUAAUAUCUGCGAUGACUUUCCUUCUUGUUCCAUAACAGUAACUAACUAAAAUGCCAACAACUUCAUUCAAACUCAACAACGGUAGAGAAAUCCCAUCAGUCGGUCUUGGUACAUGGCAAUCAGCUCCUGGUGAAGUCGCCAACGCUGUCAAGUAUGCCAUCAAGGACGCAGGUUAUCGUCACAUUGAUGGUGCAUUCUGCUAUGAAAAUGAAAAGGAAGUCGGUGAAGGUGUUAAAGCCUCCGGUGUUCCACGUAGCGAAAUCUUCCUCACAAGCAAGCUCUGGUGUACCUACCACACUAAGGUAGAAGCUGGUCUUGACGAAACAUUAGCAGAAUUAGGUACUGACUACCUCGACCUCUUCCUCAUCCACUGGCCAGUCCCAAUGAAUCCAAACGGCCACAAACGUUUCCCAAAGAAGGCUGAUGGUUCGAUGGACACCAUCAACGAUCGUCCAAUUGAGGACACCUGGAGGGACAUGGAGAAACUCGUUGACUCAGGAAAAGUCAAGAGCAUCGGUGUCAGCAACUUUAGCAUUGCCAACAUGAAGAAGAUCUUGGCUAUCUGUCGUAUCAAGCCUGUCGUUAAUCAAGUAGAGAGCCACGCUUAUUUGUCUCAGAGAGAACUCAAGAAGUUCUGUGAAGAAAACGGUGUCCUCCUUCAAGCUUAUUCACCACUCGGUUCAACUGAUUCACCUAUUCUCAAGGAUGAAGAACUCCUUGCCAUCGCCAACAAGCACAACGUCAGCGUUGGUACUGUCUUGAUCUCAUACCAAAACAACCGUGGAGUCAUUGUACUUCCAAAAUCUGUUACUCCUGCAAGAAUUGCAGCAAAUGCUCAACUCAUCGAUCUUACCCCAGAAGAAAUUAACACCAUCGAAACUAUGGAAGACAGAGGAAAGAGACUUAGAAUAGUCUUCCCAGACUGGGCUUCCACAAUCUUUUAGAUAUAUUUCCUUGUAAUGACGGUUUAAUACCUAAGUUAAUGUGCGUUUAAGUAUAUGUAUACAAAUAUGAUGCACACAAGUAUGUUU